AUUCUAUUUAAACGAGUCGUCGAAACCGAAUUUAUUUUAGUUUGUUGUUAAACAGCGUCAGUUUCACUUCGAAUAACUUGAGAAGAAAGUAAAGAGCAAAAUGGCAAAUCCAAAUGUUGAAGUAAAAUAUACUAAGCUUUUCAUCAAUAAUGAAUUUGUGAAUGCUGUAUCGGGAAAAACGUUUCCAACAAUUAAUCCAGCAACUGGCAAAGUGAUUGCCCAAGUAGCCGAAGGUGAUAAGGCUGACAUUGACCUCGCUGUGGCCGCUGCUAAAGUAGCAUUCAAACGAGGUUCAGUUUAUCGUAAUUUAGAUGUAUCGGCCCGAGGAAGACUUUUGUGGAAGUUGGCCGAUCUAUUUGAACGCGACAUGAACACACUCGCCAAUUUGGAAUCAUUGGAUAAUGGUAAGACAUUUGACAAAGCGGUUGCUGAUGUAUACGGAUGCAUACUUACACUCCGUUACUUUGCUGGAUGGUGUGAUAAGACGUGUGGAAAAACUGUACCAGUAGAUGGUGGCAACUUUGCGUAUACACGAAAAGAACCAGUGGGAAUCGUAGGCCAAAUUAUACCCUGGAACUACCCAUUGCUAAUGCUUGUGUGGAAAUGGGCGCCUGUACUAGCAACCGGUUGUGUAUCUGUAUUAAAACCAGCUGAACAAACACCAUUGUCGGCUCUACACGCUGCCAGUUUGAUUGUUGAAGCUGGCAUUCCCCCAGGCGUAUUAAAUGUAGUGAAUGGGUAUGGACCAACAGCCGGUGCAGCUAUUACAAGUCAUCCGGACAUCCGAAAAGUGGCAUUCACUGGUUCCACUGAUGUUGGUCGCAUUAUUGCAAAAGCGGCUGCCGAUUCGAAUUUAAAAAAAGUGUCAUUGGAAUUGGGCGGUAAGAGUCCUUUGGUUGUGAUGGAUGAUGUUGAUGUAAAAGAAGCGGCUGCGAUUGCUCAUGCAGCAUGCUUUGAAAAUCACGGUCAAUGCUGUUGUGCUGGCACCCGCACAUUUGUGCAUGAGAAAAUCUUUGAUGAUUUCGUUGCCGAAGCAACACGUUUAGCAAAAGAAAGAACCGUUGGCAGUCCAUUCGACUCAAACGUACAACAAGGUCCACAAAUUGACGAUGAAAUGUUUAACAAAGUCUUGGGAUACAUUGAAUGUGGCAAGAAAGAAGGUGCAAAAUUGCAAGCCGGUGGUAAGCGACACGGAAAUAUUGGAUAUUUCAUUGAACCUACAGUUUUCAGUGAUGUAACUGAUGAUAUGAGCAUUGCCAAGGAUGAGAUUUUCGGACCAGUGCAAUCUAUAUUAAAAUUCAAAACCUUGGACGAAGUCAUUGAACGUGCAAAUAAUACCACGUAUGGCUUGGCUGCUGGCAUUCUCACCCAUAAUCUUGAAAACGCAUUGGUCUUUUCAAAUGCCGUCGAAGCCGGAUCGGUUUGGGUCAAUUGCUUUUUGGCUGUCACGUGCCAAACACCGUUUGGCGGCUACAGACAAUCUGGCUUGGGACGUGAAUGUGGGGAAGAGGGGCUUGAACUCUAUCAAGAAACAAAGACCGUUUCUAUCAAGCUUCCAAUCAACCAUUAAAACAUUUUGCAUAACAUACACCCACUUUUUGUUUUCUUACAUGUAAUCCGUAGAUUACAAAUGUAACUAUCCACAUACAAAGAAAUUAAAUAGAAUUUAUGCAUGAAAAAUAACAACAGCAACAAA